ACUUCCCCGCGACGGUCGCAGCAGGAAGCCCUUUUACCGGGUGAUCUCUGUUGUGGGAGACACUGUUCCCCGUCCUUCAGCAGGAAAAUGUACUACAAGUUCAGCGGGGUAACCCAGAAACUCACGGGGUCUCCACCCGCGGCCGCCUACAGCCCUCAGGGGCUGAGGCCUGGUGUGCCAGCAGAGUCCCCAGCCAUGGUCUUUGCCACACCCACCAAGGUGGUGUCAGAGGCCGGGCCCACGGUGGAGUACCUCGGAACAAACAGGGUUCCUGACCUCCAGAGGUUAUUCCAGACGUCAGACGGUGUCCCCAUUCAUCUGAAGCGCGGAGUUCCCGACAAGCUACUGUACCGCACCACCAUGGCUCUCACUAUAGGAGGCGCUCUCUACUGUCUGGUGGCUCUUUACAUCGCAGCCCAGCCCAACAAAAAGUGACCAACGCCAACCCAAGAUCACCUCUGACAUGUCGCUGCUCUAAUUCAUCAGCCCAACAUUCCCAGUCUCCUUCUGCCGUCGCCACGCCACCUCUUGGGACUCUUAGAUGAGGAUUAAUCUCUGUCAGAACAUCACACCAAUGAUAACAAUAAUUAUGUCUGUCUACUUUGUGAAAAAGAUUAUAAGUUAAUAAAUUUUAAGGGGAAACAAAUGUAAAAAGA